GCUGCGGCUAGUUUGAAGAGACGACAUCGUCGCCUCGGACAGUUCGCACGGCGGCCGUGCGAGUCGGUAGAGCCACGGCGCGAGUCUGACUGGCCCCUGUGCGAUCUCAAGCCCGGCGCUGGAAAAAGAGCCUAGGUGCCAUGCUUCUGGCUGUUUGGGUGAUUCAGUGACAGUCUUGACUCGGUGUUGCCAAUGGCCACAAUGGCCAUGAACCAUGCCGAGCCAAGCACAGAGCCGGCUUCCACCACAGCACCAGCCUCGACAUGUGCGCAGAACGGUGCCGGCAAGCCCCCACUGGACGUGGUGGACGUCUUUGUGGACGGUUCCACCGAGGCAUCGCUGCGAAAAGGCGCGCUUCAGGUGCUCCAGCAUGUGCGUCCCUGCUGGGACCUCUCUUUGGUUCAAUUCAAGACGUUUACGGAUGGCAUCACGAACCAACUGGUUGGCUGCUGGCAAGGUGCAGAGGAGCUGGGUGAGGAAGCUCUGCUGUUGCGCAUCUACGGCCAGAAGACGGAACUCUUCAUCGACAGGUCGGCCGAGGUUCUCAACAUGCGCCUGCUGCAUGCGCACGGCCUUGCGGCACCACUGCAUUGUGCCUUCCGCAAUGGCCUCUGCUAUGGGUUCAACCCUGGCCGUGUGGGCGACACGCAGCUGGUCAGGGACCCUCACAUAUCAAGGCUGAUAGCACAGACGCUAGCUCGCAUGCACUCUGUGAAGUUACGCAAGGGGGGACAAGUGGCACCCUCUUUGUUCCCCACUCUGCACAAGUACCUCCACCUGGUGCCUACACAUUUUGAUGACAUUGAGAAGAACCUCAGGUUUGUGUCGUGCAUCCCAAGCAAAGCAGAGCUGGAACUGGAAGUGUCGCUCCUUGAAGAGCACCUGUCGGGCUUGGGUUCACCUGUCGUGUUCUGCCACAAUGACCUGCUCGUCAAGAACAUCAUCUACCAGGAGAAACAAGACAGAGUGAUCUUCAUUGACUUUGAAUAUGCUGACAACAACUACCAGGCACUGGACAUCGGGAACCACUUUUGUGAGUUUGGAGGUGUGGAGCGUUUCGACAGCUCCCUCUACCCGGACCGUGAGUUCCAGCUUCGUUGGUUGCAGCACUACCUGGACGAGUGGCACAGGCUUGCAGGCCGCGGUGAGAGUGCCUCCCCCCGUGACGUGGAAGUCCUCUACGUCCAAGUGAACAAGUUUGCCCUGGCCUCGUGCAUGCUCUGGUGUCUGUGGGCGCUCAUUCAGGCUGCUCAUUCCACCAUCAAGUUUGACUUCAUCCAAUUUGCCUUGGAGCGGCUGGACAUGUACAAGAGGCACAAGGCCGAGUUCAUAGACAUGAAACUGCCGCCUUCCUAGGAGUGGUCGUCCGGGUUCAAAGUGCACACCCCCACCGACGGAAUUCCCCCACGACGCGACCUACCUCGGCCGAUGUGAAGAACGGUCUUGACUUUGCGAACCGGCCGGUUUGCGAGAUAUUUUGUAGCCAGGCACGGUGCACCACUGCCUGUCUGAGCUGCCCGCCCUUGUCACGCACAACGUGUGUUUGUUCGCCACGAUGGAGGCUUCGCGUGUUUUCGUUGGUCUCCAAUGAUGGGCAAAGAGUGUACCAGAUAUUUUUGCUACACCCCAUUUGUAUUUAAGUUUUGUUGCGCAUGUUUGUCUUUUUUUAGACUGGCUUUUCCAGUGCCUUACGCGAGCUACGUGUCGCGUCUUUCUACCGGCUGAGAGUACUUGUUUUAUGAGGGAGUUGUGUAGUGAAGUCUAGUGACAGUGGCAGAUCAGAAGAGGUGAGGAGCUGUUUGGCAUGCAGCUCUUCAGCCAAGUUUACACACUUUCGUGUGUGUUGCAGCUUUGCAAGUUUGUUGGUCAAUACCUUGUUUUUGUCUUCUUUGCUCUUGAACUGUUUUGGCCAACUCACUGUCAGAUUUGCAGAGAAAAAAAAAUUCCGGAGUCUCCUGCUGGGGGUUUCUCAAUCGCUUCUGAUUGGUGCAGCUGGGUAACAUGCUAGUCAGAAGUUAUAGUUAAAAGUGUUAUCAAAAUAUUGCAAAGCAUGACAUGUGCCUACUACUAAAGGAAAAAACAAAAGAAAGUACGUGUUCUUUGGGGCCUAACACCUAAGAAAUGUGUCUCCACCACCUCACGUCUGAAUUAGUGGGUGAUUUGGUGGCUUCAUAUGAGGACUGCUUUGUUGCCAACGCAAAACACUCGUUAAAUUAGCCCUCAAAAUUUGUAGCUGCUUAUCCUGGAGGUCAUGACGUCCGUGAAGUAUAUGCAGCUAUUCGAAUGAAGUUGAGGAAAAAUUUGUCUUGAAUUUGAGAUUGCAAGGUCACGUGGUUUUCACACCCAGUUGACUUCAAAAGGCAGCUUGGCAACAGUGACCAGCUCGCUCACUGGGCAGACGGGCAGUUAAGAGGUAUGCAGAGCUCUAUGACCACGCGCUGAGCUUUUGAGGAAUAAGCCAUGUACAGAGACAAUGAUAUUGAUUGAUGUAAUGUGAAAGUUCCUUUUGUGAGUGUUCCUUCAUCUGAGUUAAGUUUCAGCGACCAAAGUCUCGAAACUGUACGUUGCAUCAUCGACUUGCAUCAAAAUGUCGGCGGCUGUCUUUCUGUUUUUCUUCCAAAAGUGACAUAAAUACAGCUGCAUAUCUCAGAAAAGCUGUAUAUGGCAUCUCUCCGUGUAUAAGGUCGGCAUGGAAAAAUAUUGUGAAAGUAAUUUCUUAAAGGCGUCACGAACCACCUCUCGGGCUUGGUGAGAAAGCACAUCCUGUGGAAAGCAGGUGCUGCUCUCAAUAGCUCGGCCAAAUCUUCCGGUCAGUGCGUGGAAAGGAGCAUUUAUAAGCGAAUCGCAAAGUCGCAACUUUCUCAAGCCUGCUCUAUUCAUACAGAGGUCUGCCCUCACUCUCUUUUUAGCUACCAGCGCCUGUUGUAUGUCGUCAUGCAGCAGAUUGCUCCCAUUGGCUGGGGGCUGGCAUAAACCGAGAGCGCCGUUGGGAUCGGAUGCGCUUCUUGCCACGAGGUGGCACCACGUGCCGGUGCUGUGCUCCAUAGUCUGCUAGCAUUACAGUAGUGAGCCACACUCGCUCACAGGAAUUGCAACAGAAGAGAGCAGUCACAUUUCAUCAUGCAUGCUCAAGGUCGUGAUGUGUGCCGACGUAACUUCUUUUCCUCGUGCCAUCCCUCCCUGUGUAGCUUCCAGCACACUCCUUAGGGACGAGAGAAGAGAGAAAGCGCUCAAAGCGUGCGACAAAUCUCUGUAACUCCGCUCGUUCUUGACGGAUUCCAGAAAUUUUUUCGCACACUAUUCCUGGAGCAGUAAACUUCAAGGUCAUUCGAUGAUUACUUGGAAAGGUGGUUCGUGACUCCUUUAAGUGGCAAAUUGAAUGUGGGCCCCUCUCAUACAAAUGUUGAGCCUGGAUACUACUGUCAGCAAAUUGCCUACUGCUUUCUGUUUUUUGUGGGGCUGAAAGAUGAGGUUUGAGAAGCAGCAGAUUCUUGUGGAAUUCUGUGCGAAACUCUCACUCUGCAUUAUAAGAUGCAUGAAGUUGAAGUGGGCUCUUAGCAAAAGACUUGAUCGAGAAAAUGCAGUAGGUGCUAAUAUAUAGGAAGCCCAUAUUUAAUUGGAAAGUGAAAUGCAUUAGCGGAGACCUUCAAGGUGUCUAAGAUUCAUUGGGUGUGAACUUUUUGUAUGAGUCAUGCACGAAACCCAGCUGGAGCUAGUAAAACUUUUAGUACAGCGUUGAAAGAUGGCCACCACUCAGCGCUGAAAAAUUCCUCUCAAUUUACUCGACUAAUAUGUGUCUGAAAGGGAACAAGUUUUGUAACUCCUGGGUUAUUGCACGCAGCUUAAAUGUGGAAGCUUGCAAGCUUUCUCAACAGACCUUGUAUAUAUAUAUAAAUUGAAAAGAAAAUUUAAAAAAAAAUAAAGUGUUCUCUUACACCUACGGAACAGAAACGACACCAAGCUGCAUUAAAUUCAGGGACAAAAAGAAAAGCCUGCCUUUUAUGUAUCACCUAAGAAGCAUUUUCAGCAUCCAUCUCAUGCACAUGCUCUCUCUGCAUUUGCAGCUUGCCUGCAACGUGUUACUGACAGCAUUUCACUUCCUCUCAGGGACCACUGUGAUUGGUUGUGCAGUGAUAGGCAGACGUGCAAGGCCAACCUGCGGAUGGCAAGACCUUCCUUUGUGCUUUAUUUUCUUGUUUGUUCGAUGCGUUCACAGGGUGGUUGAAUGAAGGGUACUGCAUGGCUACACUGCGUCAGUGCACAUCACCGUGGCACUUUGUCGCUUGAUCAAGCACUGCCACCCAAAGAAGUCAGUUAGAGAUAAGUUUCAUGCAUUAAUCCAAUUGUCCUUUAUUGCACACUAUCUUCUGCUUCUAAAUCCACAGUAUGCACAAUAUGCACAAACCUAACACGUCCAAAGUCAAGACAACAUAGACAAGCGCUUUUUUCACUUUGGAUGUAUUAGCUUUGAUAGUUCAGGGUUAUGACAGGCCAUAAACGAAAAAUGAAAACUAAAAAAAAAAAAGGAAGUCACAUUUUGAGGAGGGCUAUACUUUUGUGGACUUCUGCACAACCUCUACGAGUUGCUUGUCACCCUUGCAGCCUGUGUGGCAUUCUUACACAAGUAAAAACCACAACUGAAAAUUUGAUCUCUGCAUGCUAUACAGAAACACAGCUCUUGUUGCAUCUUGCCACUACUGCCAGUAAAUGAGCUCGUGGUGGCGACAGCGCUUAUUUUACUGGUUUUCUUUUUGUUUGUUUUUUUGCUCUUUGAUGUUAUGCUUUUGUUUUAUGGGAGCUGUUGAGCUUGGCUUAUGAGUGGCUGGCAAGAUUUUUAUCUGGAGCAAUGUUUUUCACUGUAACCUUGUAAAAGCGAGCCUUGCAUUUGCAGCCACCAUGGUUUCCUGAUGAAUUAUUUAAGGACAAAAGAUGAGCUGAGUUGAUCAAGUGCAUGUUUGCAAAAAGACAGAUGACACGUCACCUCAUCCAUUGCUGCUGUGUUUUUCACAUUGGCAUGAAAACAUUUUUGGGCUUUGGGGGGGAUCCUCUACACUUCUAGAGGGCGCACGUGUUUUUUUUUUUUGCUUGUUUCUAUAUCACAUGAGAUAUCGCGAGGAGCUGGUGAAGAGCAACGUUGAGAGCAAAGACUUAUUGUUUUGUUGUUAGCCGUCUAUUUCGAAAUGGCAUCCUUUCUGGUACGAGCUUCUCACGUGUAGGAAGAAGCAAACAAAAUGGUGGUGAUUCGCAGAGUUCAGUUCCUUCGACUACGAGUGGCUUUGAAAUGGCCUCGGGUGACAGUGGCGAGGUCGCUUGUGCGCAGUGAAGCCAACUCCCAUUACAAUGUAAAUUUCUUUUUCUUCUUGUAAGCUUCAUCAAUCUGACAGAAAUUGUUCACAUAAUAUUGCUUGAUGUUACCACCAGAAUCAUUUUUCACACAAAACAAGAACUGGCUUUCUUGCAACUUCUUACACUUUUUUUUUUCCGUUUUCAAAAGGUUUAAUAUCUUGUUGUGACUGCUGUUUCUGUGUUUGGCCUCCUUUUUAGAUAUCAGUUGUUGUUCCUGUUGCAUUGAAUCACUUUUAUUGUUAUACUGUUCCUUCUAUGGAAUUUGUUAUGGAAGUAUCCUUCCUUAAUGCGUCUUCUUUUCAUUGCCACUAGUGAGCGUAACAGGCUAAUGGCUUUGUGGUUGUAACUGUGAGUUUGGGGACUGAAGCAUGAAUGUGCUGCGUGUGCCACAUUGAAAGAAAAGAGCGGGAAUCUAGGGUAAGUGCUCAACAAUAUAGUUUUUUAGUUGUUAACUGUUUGGGUUUUUGUUUUGUGUUGUGUUGAAAUGAUAUCCCAUUCACUGAUGGUUUUGAUUUCGUGCUUUUUUAACUGGAUGCAUGUAAAAAGGCUGGGAUCAGAUGUGUGUGCUGUAUACAUUCCUCUACAUUGAAUACUUGAGUGUGCAGCAUUUGUUGCAGCUGUAUUUCGCAGCCAGUGCUGAAUUGACUUUGAUCGGUACUUGAGAAAAAUUUACAGUAAAAAUAAUCUUGUUCUGUGAAGUUUCUAGAGUACCAGUGCAUUUUCUUCUAUAUAAUAUAGUGUAGAGGGUACAAAAGUACGAAAAAUGUUUCAGUAUUUAUAUAGGGAGUUUGGAUCCUACCAUCUUUACACAAAGAUUGAGGGCUGUAUUGUUGAUCAACCAUAAUUGGAAGGAUGGGCAGAAUCUUGUUGAUAAGCUCAGAAUUUUUAUAACACAACAAAACGCAUUUGGUGCAGUAGGUGCAUGAUGUGUGAGUAAGGAAUUUUCAGUGUUCCGCCGCUGUUAACAUGCAAAUGUGCACCAAAAGCAUUUAAGCAGUGCUUUUCAUUGCUUUGAAGCAGUGACCAACCACAGAAGCUGAAUCUGGCAUGGAGCUGACAGUGUUUUGGUGAUCUGGAGCACUUCAAUUUUGUAGCAUGGUGAUGGACAUUGCAUCACGCAAAAGCUAAGGCAGCAUUACCGAGAAUGGUUGAUCGAUAAUGCAACAAUUACAGUAAUCAGCCCAACCACUGGGCAUCCUGAAAGCUCAAAGAGUGUGCGUAUAGCCAAGUGAGAUUUUUUUUGUUACCCGUACCUAACCUCUGGCCACGUGUACUCAGAUGAGUGAAGAGCGCUGUGGAAGGGGUUCACAUUUUUUGUCUUUUUGUAACAAGGACAGGCUGUGAUCCUAGUUGUAGUAUGGGUCUUUGUUUUAUACGAGAUUACGAGCAUCAAGAUGUAUUAAAAUGUAACCAUAUCGCGCUGCUUGUUUCAUCAAAUGUGAGCACAGCGUAUUGCCCAACAUAUUGUUCUGUCUUGUCAGCAUGCUUUGAACAAAGCGCAUUUUUUUUAGCGAACGAUGUACAAGGGUGCAUGGAGGAAACAUGGCAGCUGUAGAACCUAUUGCAGAAGCUAGAACAGCAUCAUUGUGGUCCGUGCACUCGCUGCACAGAACAAAGCUCGCACCGUACGUACUUGAGGCAGCGGCUUCCUGAUCGCCUAAGUUUCUUUCUUAUCAGGGCAUCUGCUUUGGAUAUUGCAGGACAGGAUUAGAUCAGUACAGUAGUCUACUCCACAUACAUAGUGAGGCAGAUGUUUGGUAACACCUGAGAAACGGUGCAAAAGUCGUGGUCCGCAUCUUAGAAUUUCAUUCUGUGUGCUGCUUGAAAUGGGAACUCUCCAAGCUUUCUAGGUUUUCACGUAUGCCUAAAUGCCAUGUCAUACAUUUCUCAUUAAGUUCAACAGCUGCAGUGGCUUCUUAACAUAAACACGGCCAUACUUAAAGGCCACAUUUAAAAGAGACGCCUCAGUAGUAGUCAAGAGGUCAUGUCGACUUAUGUCUAACACAAAAUUCAAGAGACUAUUUCACCUAUCAUCAUCGUUAUUAGGUGUCAUAUGCACCUUUCCCUUGUGAAGCAAAUGAAGUGUAGUACUAGUUAUGUUGCACUGAACUAAUAUUUCCCCUAAAUGUUGUUGACCCCCUACAUGCAACAAACCAAAGUGACCGCACUGUCAAGUAUUAACUUUGUAAUGGAAUGGAAAAUUCUUUGAGAGGACAUGUUUGGAUUGUAAGGGAGCACCCACUUUAAAAACAUACUUCUUAAAAUUCCUGAGUAGAUUUUUAUGAAACAUUCACAGCCUUGCACUUUUAUGUGCUGAUUUCAAACAGUCAACUUUUCUUUCUAAUACAAAAUGUAGUUUUUUAUAUCUCUUUGCGACACGGUGUUCUCACUUGAAGACUCGACUCACUUUUGCCAUUUCUGCGCAAUAUCGGCAAGGAAGAUAGCGCAAACACUGUGCUAAUGGUAAAUUAAGCAUUCUUGUUCCCUAAAGUUCCUAUCACUUCUGGUUGAAGUAUUUUACUACACUUAUGAUCGCUUUGGUGAAAACAGUACCGUAUUUAAUAAGACGUUGGACGUGGAGCGUUUCAGUAGGAAUUUCAAAAUACUUUUUUUAUCUUUUUAGGAAUGCUCGCUGCCAGCAGAUAACAGUGGCAUGUAAUUUGAAUGGGUCAUUGAAAUCUGUUUAUGAAGAUAUGUAGCAAGGCUGACUGUAUGAUAGCUAGACAAUUUACUUUAUUACAAUUAAUUGCUGCAAAAUACAUAUUUGCGCAGCGCUAAAUGAACAAGGACAGAUGAAAGGACACAACACCAGCGCUGACUUCAACUAAAUUUUAUUAGCAAAAACACUAGAGAUAUAUACACAUGAUAACAUCAGCACAAACGCACAACCUAUUGCGUUCGCAGCCACAUAAGCAAUCUCCUUUCUGGUAAGGGCAACAGAAGGCAUGCUUACACAGAGGUUGCCCAGCUGUUGCAUUGGAUUAGCUUCUAGGAUUUCAUGUGUUUAGUUGAAGUCAGCGCCGAUGUUGUGCCCUUUCAUCUGUCCUCGUUAAUUUCACACCAUGCAAAUAUGUCUAUUCCAAAUCACCAACUAGACCACGCUACUGUUCUAUCUGUAAAAUACACUGUAAUUUGUUCUAACAGUUCGGCUUGCGUUCAAUUUGUUCUCCAGCACUUAGGCAUCAAAUUAUGUAAAUUUCACGCAUUUAUAAACAGUCAAUUGUAACGUGUUGCAAAGAAACGUGUAUCAACCAUUUCAUGUUUUGUGUUUAGAGCAAGACUUUACUUUUUCUGCUAAGAUUUCAAAUUCUAUUAACCAGUCAACAUGAUACAAUAAUGCAGAAUGAAAACUGUGUGCAGUAAAACAAUAAAUAGAUGUGCUAAGCCUAUUUAAAUGAAAGUAAGUGUAUGUUGAACAUUUUGAAGCAUAAUUCCAGUUCAACAUAUGAUUACUUUGUUCAAAUGGGCUUAGGGCAUCUUGUUUCGUUUCACUGCAUACAGUUUUCUUUCUAGAUUGUUGUGGUAUGUUGACUUGCUUUGUAACUCUCACAGUUUAGAAAAAAAAGUUGCUCCUAACAAGAUGUAUGAAAUGUCUGGUAUUUUAAAAACUACAUGUUAUACUAGAAAAAUGACUGCAUACUUGAAAUCGGCAUUUAAAAUAUAUAUAAGCUGCAAAAUUUAAAGAAAAAUCUGCACAAAAAUAACAAAUGUUUCUGAAUCAAGUUUGAAGUAUUGUUUCACAUGUUGUGACUUUGCAAUGAAUUUUUUUACUCUAAACAUUUUUGUGGAUGCAAACACGCUUCCAUUUUACAUGCACAAACUGCAGCAGCUGCAAUUUUUACAUUUGUGGGCACCGAGUAGAAUACUAAGUUAUUUUUGUUAGAGGCCCAUUUAAUCAGCUUAGAUAAAAACAAUGUCAAAGAAAACCUCGCCUUUUGACGAACAUAGGUUGUGCUUACAACGGGGACAUGCCUGAUAAUUCGCGUUGCAAUGAAUUUGUCAUCCCACUGCAUGCGUGAACUUGCGGAGGAGUUCAGCACUUUCUUGCUGAUGAUGCAUUUGCUGCAUGUGUGAACUUGCAAGUGCAAAAUUAUAUUUUUUUGCGAACAGGAUGACACCUUGUGGAAAAGGCCAUGCCUGUGUAGAAGCUGCACUCGUAACCUCGUGAUGCGAAAGACACCUUUGUGCAACGAAAUCGACAAACCCAGCUGCCACUUUAAGCCUUAACCAUAAUCUUACAUUCGUGUACUCUGUACUAGCCAACACUGUCAGUAUCAGCCCACAUGCAUCUGAACAGUAGUUUUAGUUUGUGUAUGAACAUAAUAACUUAACCUUGACAGGAAAACACAUUGACGAAAAUAUUAUUUGACUUUAAGGGUCUUAUUGGAAAGAAACGUAUAGCUAAUACAUUACGUAAUUUUAUAUAGUAUUAUUUUUGUAUUGAUAGAACUCAGCUUCUCUCUUCCCAAUUUAACAGAAAUGGCACACAAUCGUAAGCUUCAGCAUGGAAAAUGGGCAGAUGAUGGUGUUUCAGAGCCUCCGUUUGAAUGUGUAGCUGCUAUAAUGUGAUAUGCUGCCCUAAUGUGGUUUCGGGCCAGUUGUUGAAAGCUGUAAUGUGAAUUGCCACUUCAAGGCGGUAAGUUGCAUUUAUUGCAGCUGGAGCACAUUUGUUAUGUGCAAGGAUGCCGUGACAACACCUCGCGCAUUUGAGGAAAAAAAAAAACCAAAGAGUGCUCCAGUCAUCACAUAUUGACUCCUUUUGCUAGUCACAAGUAUUGAAAAGCAUAAUGCGAAACUCUGUGGCAUUUCUUGGCCAGUGAGGCGACACUUCCGCCAACUGACAGCUCGCCUCUUCCAAGCAGCCUUGUUGGCCGCAAAAGUCUUCUUCCAUUUCUUGUAGAAGCUAAAGGGGUACUGACACAAAAUUUCGCGGCCGAGAUAGCCUGCUGGAUUGAUUCCUGUGUACGUGCGUGUACUAUCUGCAAAAUAUAGACAGCGAAUAAAGCUUGGAAGGUAUUUUAUGUGAAUUUCGAAGUUCGCGAGCGCGAUCCAGCAUUAUAGGCCGCACCUAGUGCAUUGACACCCUCGGAGGUGACCCGAGGUGAGCCCCCUACUUCCCCUACUUAACCGUUGCAGCCGGUACAAGUUAUGAUGACGUAGCCGCCAUUUCUGUUUUGACGCACUUCCCGACGAAUCGCUCCUCACCAGCGGGUCAAACCUGAAGUGAUUCGCCACGUCGAAAAUUUCUUCCAUCCCCGCCGCCAGAAAAUCAUCGCCAUCAGACGACGAUGAGCCCGACGACGACAGACCGCGGGAAAUGCGUCAGUGUUCUGUGUGCUCACGUGACCGAGUGUUUCACUCGCUAGGUGGUGAUAGUUGCACCCGGCGGCUCAUCGUUUUUGGAGCUCUGUCAAACCGAAACUGAGGCUGUGUCGGUAAUGAGGAGCUUGUAAUUAAUUAUCUGUCGCGCGCUGCAGUAAACGAUGUGCCGCGUUAUGGCUAACAGGCCCCCAGCAACACAUUGCAGCAAAAAAACGCGGGGCGAAAAUUUCUGUGUCAGGACUCCUUUAAAACACUAGAGGCUGAUUUGGGAGAAGCAGGGCAUUUCAACACAGAAUUUGUACUUGCUGCUCACAAUGUAACUGUUUUAGCCACGGGCAAGAGAACAGGAUAUUGUUCUCCUUCAGUUAUUCGUGUCUCUCAUACUGCUUCAUAAAAGUGAACCACAUGACUCUUGUUUGUAAAUAUGAAUACCCAAUUCGUGAGGCACUUCCUAUGUAAUAUCGCUUUCACAAUUGCACAGUGUACGUAUAAUCGGAAGACACGCAAUUGUGGCGCAUAACCACAGUGCUUCGGCAAAUUAUGUUUGUUUUGGAAAAGCUUUGCAGUCCUUCGUUAUUGUGUGUCUUUUAAAUUUGUCAAAGCAGAUAAAGUGAAUGUACCAACCAUGGGAAAAUUCUGCUUGUUCUGGUUGAAAUCCCAGCUGAAGCAUCUUUGCCAAUAUAACCACGGGCUGCAGAAAUCCGUGCAAACUUGAAGCAAAGUUUUGUUACAGUUGAACAUUGAUAAGAAAUUCUUGUAUUAAAAGUGUAGUAGAGUGGCGUCAGAAGUGAGAGGCAGUUUUUUUGGAACACUGCCUUGAGAGUGCUGUGUGCGUCAAGUUGUUUGUGAAGCUCCUGCAGACGUGCAUAAUUGUGAAAGUGAAGCUGUUACAGCGUGCGCUUCUGUUAUUGAGGAACUUGCAUCAGCUAUGUUCAUCACCCCACACAACCCUGACGACACAACCCUAGCAGUGCUGCACUAUUUUGUGUAGCAACACCUGCCAUUUAAUGUAUGCCUUUUGUCCCACAGUGUCACCAUGGAAUUUGGCUGAUAUAGUUGAUUUUGCUGAGCUCGCACUGUGCCAGUUUGGUAAAUGAGGUUCAUUAUUUUUUGCAGUGAAUAACUUUCGCGAUUGCUUCAGUAUCGUGCAGCAGCAAUUAAGGGCAAGAACGUGCAGUGUCAUUUGUAGGGGAGUAAGCUUAAACUGGCAGUCAGAAAUGCUUUUUUUUUCUUGUUGAACGGUUGAUUCUGUGGGUUGAAAACCACCACUUUCGGAAUGCCAGAAAUGUGGAAAACACAGAAAGGAGGCUUGUUUAGUGAGUGUUUAUUUUGCACAAUUGCAAAACGCACUUGAACCUCAAUAGCAGACCAAAAUAACUCUUUUACAUUCCAUAUUGGCUAUA